AUGAGGGACGGAGGAGGGACCCUCAGCACCUGCCUGACAGAAGCAAAGGGGGAGGGAGGAGAUGACUGGGACAAACAAUUAUGUAGCCUUAAGAAAAGAACGCAGAAGGGGAGCCCUUGCCCAGCAGAUGUACCUUUCUGGAUGGAUAAGUUUGCGGCUGACGUAAAUGGAAAUUCACAGAAUAAGGUGUUAUCAUUGGAAAGGAAAAACGAUCUGAGUGACACUGGUCUUUUGCUUCAAAAUGACAACAAAGAGCUUCCAUAUUUGAAGAAAUCAGUGGGAAGAAAUUCAGCUCUUGCAGCUGCUCCGACCAAGGCCAUGGGUCUGUUCUCUGCUCCUGCAGAAGAGCAUCUUGCUGGGGUGUUCCUCCGUGUCAGGGAAGCUCUGGGGAGGGACUGGCUAAGAAGCGGGCCCAGAGCCAUAGACAACCACAAAGGACAGUGCCCCAAAAGAGAGCCUUGGGUGUCAGGACAGCCAGUCCAUCCAAAACUGUGGGAAAUGGGAGUUUUUAAGGGUGAACCACCAAGUGCUCUUCACGAAGGAGUAGGCUCUGAGUCGGAACUGUCUUGCCUGCAUUCUGUGCUGCCUGCAACACUGCACUCCAGUCCUGAAGUACUCCUAGAGGACGAGACAAGAUGUGUUUUCCUUGACCAUUUAAAGCCCAUGUUUUCAGAACAAACAACAGAAUAUAAGAAAAUGCUUUCAUGUGUAAAAAGUAACUCAAAUGGUCUGCAGAUAACACUGGGGUUACUGGCUCUACAGCCUUUUCAGUUAGCAGAUCCCAUAUGCCAUAGUUAAGGUACAAGCAGAAUAAUAAAAAUAGUAGAUUAAUUUUACAAGUUGACUUAGGAUGAUUUCUUUCCCAUUAAGUCUGGAUGCAGACAGCUCAGCCGCUCAGAUCCUGUUUUGGUUCGUGUGACCAGAUAGAGAAUAAACUGAGUUCACUCACCAAAAGCUGAUGGAUGCAGAAGAAAAUUUUUUAGCAUGUUUUAAAUUGUGCUUAAAAGACACUUAGAAUUGGGAAACCUUUCGGGUGAUUAUUUAUAUAUCCAGUUUAAUAUCAGAUGAGCAUAUGGUGAUUUAACAUGAAAUUCUUUAUGUAUCUUGAGAUCUCUACCCAUUCCAAAGGGCUAUUGUCCCAGACAUUGUCUUGUCUCCUUAGCUUGUCUCUGAUCACCUCCUGAAAGUGAAUAUUUGUAAAGUCUACCCACUAUAUUUUUAUUAAACCUUGCUGAGCUCAUGGCAAGCUGUUGCCAUUUCUGCAUCUCAUAGAAUAAUUCUGGUCUGCAGCAAAAUUUGAUUUCUCACACUCCUUCCACUUGAAGUGCUGUUUAAAUGGAGGCCCUAUGGUGAAAGUUGCAAUAUUAAAUUUAAUCAUCUCAAACUAAGAUACCCUAGCAGUGUUACCCUAAGUGAAAAGGAACUGGAGACUCUCUGCUCUGGCUCAGAUGUAGAGAGAGGCAAAUCAAGAAUCUCCUUUACAAAAGUCCUAAGAGUUGAGGUCUUUUACACUAAGAUUUUUCUGAAGUGACCCGUUUUGUUGUUCAUUGAUGAUUUUAUUAAUAAGGUCAUUUAAAAGUGUAAGUUUUUAAGGACUCCCAAAGCAAGACUUAAAACAGCUAUUUGGGGGAUAACUGAUUGCAUAUAUCAAUUUAUAUUGUGUGCUACUUUACUAUGCCAUGUGCUAUUUUAGUGUUGGGGAAAAUGGAGAAUAAAAUCUGUUCUUUAGCAUAAUAAAUGUCUUAUUUUACGUGUGUA